GAAAACUUCUAAUUUCAUCUGGCAACUUUACAUUCCGACGUCAAUAAAAUUUUGUUUGGGUGAUCGUAAAUUUCUUCAUGUUUUCUUUUCGUUAUUCUUAUGGUUUUCCUUUUUCGCUUAGUGUUUAGACUUUAGAUGUAGUGUGUAGUGUAGUUAGUGAUGACCAUGGAACGGAGGAUCAAGCUGAAGACCCUGAACAGCCACAUCACCUGCAAGAUCUGCCGCGGAUACUUCAUCGACGCGACCACGGUCACCGAGUGUCUUCAUACGUUCUGUAAGAGUUGCUUGGUGAAGCACCUGGAGGAGAACAACACGUGUCCAACAUGCAACAUAGUGAUCCACCAGUCGCACCCACUACAGUACAUCAGCUUUGACAGAACCAUGCAGGACAUUGUCUACAAGCUGGUGCCAGAUCUGCAGGACAAUGAAAUCAAAAGGGAGAGGGAUUUCUACCGCGCGCGCGGGCUGCCCUGCCCCAAGGACGCCGCCCUGGCGGCCGACAAGCCGGGCGCAGGUGACGAGCCUGAGCAGCCUGACAACACUGACUCACAUAGGAAAGAUGAACAGGUGAAUGUGUGCUUGGAGUGCAUAUCCACGUCGCUGCGCACGCUGAAGCGCAGCUUCAUCCGAUGUUCUGCUCAGGCCACCAUCACACACCUCAAGAAGUUUGUAGCUAAAAAGGUUUUGAAUGCCAUGGACAAGUAUAGAGAAAUUGACAUCCUAUGUAACGACGAGCUUCUAGGCAAGGACCACACGUUAAAGUUUGUGUACGUCACGAGAUGGAGGUUCCGCGACCCGCCGCUGCGGCUGCAGUACCGCCCCAAGAUCGACCUGUAGCUAGUGUCACUACUUUAGGAUAUUAUACCAAUGAUGCUGGGAACUUAUGGACUUGGUUUCAGCUAGAAAAAGCUUGAACAGUGACUUUUUAGUUGACAUCCAAAAGCAAACCAGAACCCAAUGUCUACUAGUAAUUAAAAAAAAAGUAUUGAGUUACUGUCCAGGCCGGAAAUAAAUCAAUUUAUAGCCAAGUAAUUUUAAAAUUUAGUUUAAAAAGACACGGCUAGCGAUCGAGGCAUCCGAGUCCUUUAAACUAAACGAGAUCGUUAGGUACUAUUUCGGCUGAGACUUUACAGUGCUUUUCUCUCAUUUUGUGAGGAAACAUGAAACAAAUGAUUUCAACGAUUUGUUAAGUUAACAACAAUUAAUUAAUUAUUAUCAUUGGCAAGUGCCAAGUAAAAUCAAAUAAUUCUUCUUUCAAUUAACAAAGUAUUCAUUUUUACUAAACAACUUAAAAAUUGUGUUAAACCUAUGAAAACUGAUGUUCAGCUUUUAUGUUACACCUUUAUUUUAAAGAACACUUAAAGAACCUCAUGGAACAGUAUGAAGUUGUCCAACUACUUCUGCUAUUGUGUUGUUGCAAAUGGAAUAUACAGUGCGACAAGGCUCUCUAGGCGCGUGGCCAAAAUUGGAACUAACGCCGCCAUCUUGUGAAGUGUCAUGCUGCCCCCUUGUCUGUGGGGGAAAAUCUGAAUUUCACUGUUUUUUUUUUAAUAUUAGGGUCAUUCGAUACACAUAACGUCGCGAUAUAUUCUGAUAAUGAAUACAGCAUAAUUGUGUCUGCAUCUUAUACUUAGCACUAGGUAAGUAUAGUAUUUGAGCACAGAGCAGGUAAACAUGAUAGUUUUCAAGGCCCUGGCUUGGUCCCUAGCCUAUCAAUGGUUGUUAUGAUUCUUUUUUGAUGUACAAAUAGGGACAUCUUAUCUAAUUUCUCUUUCAGUUAAAAUUAGAUAAAACUUACUCGAUUUUCAACAUUGACAUUUUCAAGAUAUUCCCUAAACUUGAGAAAAACUUUUAUUUGCUGGCAGCCUUUAUGCCACAACUACGCCUCCCUGUUAAUGGCAUCCAAUUGCCAAGAGAGCCUUGUCAGACUGUAAUGCAGAGCCAUUUGAUGUUUUGUUUUUAAAUAAUUUACUAGUUUCCAAGCAAGUUGAAGAAUAAACAUUAACUGGUCCGCUUAAGUUGGACAGUUAAAAAGUCCCUAGUUAUUCAAAGAGAAAAAAAUUAUUAUAUUUGUACCAAACAAACAAAUAUGGAGUAUUAUGAAAUAAUACCAGAAAUUAUGUUUACUAACUGUAGAUAGAUAUAUGUAUUUAUAACAAAAACCUUCAGUGAGUUUCAUCAAAAU